AUGACAUCGAUAGGAACGGGCUACGAUCUUCUCAACUCCAUCUUUUCGCCAGAUGGCCGCAACUUCCAGGUGGAAUAUGCGGUUAAAGCAGUAGAGAAUGGCGGCACCUCAAUCGGCAUUCGGUGCAAGGAUGGCGUCGUCCUAGCUGUUGAGAAGGUGGUGACAUCAAAGCUGCUAAAGCCCGGCGCAAACAAGCGAAUCGCUACCGUCGACAGCCACGUUGGUGUUGUACGUAACCUUGCAACUCCGUUACCAAAGCAAACUCAUUUCUACACAAAACGUGUCUUCGGAGCUGAAGCUAAUCUGUGCACCCAGGUCUACUCAGGAAUGGUCCCCGACGGCCGACACUUUGUCGACCGUGCCCGCGACGAGUCCCAAAGCUGGCGCCAAAACUUCAAGACCCCGAUCCCCACGGCCGAUCUUGCCUCCAGAAUGGGCGGCUAUCUCCAGGCAUACACCAUGUACGGCUCCGUCCGGCCAUUCGGCAUCACCGCCAUUGUCGGCGGCGUGGACACAUCCGAAGAGACACCCGUCGACGGAGAAGUUGGCUCUGGCCCCAAGUGUGGUGCUGGCGGCAAGGUCGCUGGUAAGCACGGCGGUCCCUUCCUGUACAUGAUUGAGCCCAGUGGUCUGUACUGGGGCUACUACGGUGCUGCUACGGGCAAGGGUCGUCAGGCGGCCAAGGCUGAGCUGGAGAAGCUGGAUCUGCAGUCAGGCAAUAUGACCAUGGAGGAGGCCGUCAAGGAGGCUGCGAGAAUUAUCUACAUUGCACAAAAGGACAACAAGGACAAGGAUUUUGAACUGGAAAUGACUUGGAUUAGUGGUGUGGACGGUCCGACCAAGGGUCGCCAUGUCGAGGUGCCCAAGGAGUUGCGGGAGGAGGCUGAGAGAUUAGCAAAGGCGGAGGAUGACUCAGACGACGACGACGAGAACGACAAGAAGGACGAUGAUAAGAUGGAGGAAUAG